UAUCUGUUCAGGCAUUACUCUUUCCGUGACUGUUCAUUAGAAACAAUUAAAUUUAACAAUGUUCAAGUAUUUUCUUAUUGUUAUUUUUGUUGUUUGGUGCCAAACUCAGGCAGAACCGAUAUCCCAUAAGGAUGUAGUGUUGGAAAGUCUACCGCACAUAUUUCAAAAUCUUGUGUCAGAAGCAACUUCGACACUUGAUCCGCCAAGUAAUGGAAGUGAAAUUCCAGAUGAGUGUAAAUGUGGAAACGUGAAUAUAAAAACCCAAAAUAACGUCAAUGUGGGUCAGCAAGUGCUUUUCAUAUAUGUCGAGGGUUCGCGUGCGCAAAAAUUGAAGAAUCGGGGCAACUAUCUCGUCACACCUGGUGUAGGAGCGCACAAGCUUUAUCUUGACCAACUGUCUUGGGCGAAGGCUCGUCAGGCUUGUGUUCAGGAAGGAGGUCACCUGGCGAUUAUCAAUUCGCAAUCCGAAGAAGAGGUUCUUCUACGUAUACUCAAAGAAAACAAUGUAGACGAAGCUUGGCUUGGGCUUCAUGAUCUUUAUCAAGAGGGUGAAUGGGUGACCGUUACGGACGUGCCUUUGGAAGAUACAGGCUACAGCAAGUGGGCGAGUAAAUAUGCAAACGACAACGGCCAGAAUUGUGCGGCUCUUGUUUCGGAAGGCGGAUUGGACAAUUUGCAAUGUGACAAACUUGUUUCCUUCUUUUGCGAGAUUCCUAUGUAGGUAAUAUUGUGUACCUAUGCAAAUGAGCGAAUAAUUCUUACUAGAGAAAAUCAAUACAAGUCAUGUUAACGAAAUGGAAAAACUGAAAAAAAAAGAAGUUCAAAAGUAUUGUUUUCUGUAUCUAAUAAACUAUGAAAUAUAACAUAUCUGUAUAAAGCACACA